AACCUGACUGAAAACGACGUCAGCAAGUUUAGUCUGAUCCACCAGCCACAGCUUCAGAAGAUUGUUCAGGACAUCAAGAAAAACAACGGCAGCUUAUUGGAACGAUUCAGGAGCCGACUGAAACCUGAAGCCUGUCCAACAGUACCGGUCAGAGACUACAGAGAAAACAACAGAGAAAGUGGUCACUCCUCUGAUGCAGAAUAUGAUAAYGAGACGUAUGAAGACCCUCAUAACGAUGAUGAUGAUGGCAGCUACGAGCCCCCUCCCAGCCACAGGAACUUCACCUCCACUCAUUUCCCCUCCCUGCCCCGCGGGGAGUACCUCGACAGCUGCCGUGAACGCCUCAGCAGACCACCGAAGAAGCCCCCCAUCGCGGGCAAAGCCUCCAAACAACUUCCUCCCGAGCCCCCCCGUGUGGGGUACGACGAGGAGGACUACAUCGACCCAGAUGGGACCGCUGAUGACGAUAACUACAUAGAACCUUCAGAGAACCCGCCUCCUAACCCCUCGCUGCGCGGUGGGAACAGGACCGGAGCGGACCACCCUGCUUCAGCUUCACAUUUACACGAGCGUGCACCCAGUCCUGAUCCAGGAGCCCAGCUGUGAGGACGAGUAUGAAAUCUGUGAUCCAGACGACGGUUUCUGUGACAAGCCCUCAGUCAGUCCUCCUCCUCGUCGGCCCAAACCUUUACCCAAAGAGAGGACACCAAAACCACCGGUAGUACCGAAACCCGAUUUAAAACCAAGAGAGUUUGAGAGCAGGUCACUUCCUGUGAUGCAGACGGAGCCCAAACCUCCUCCAAAAGCUUUUUCUCUGGACUUUAAACGACCAAAAGUUCCUCUCCCACAGUUUACCCUCCCCAAACCAACUGAGAAAGCAGUUGCUGCUGCUGAAAAUGGAUCCAUAAGUCAAGACAAGGAUACAGAUGUUGGGAACAAGCCCUGGUACGCUGCAACGUGUGACCGAAAGACAGCCGACGAUGCUCUGCAACGAUCCAAUAAGGACGGGKCGUUCAUGGUGAGGAAGAGUUCGGGUCACGAUGCGCAGCAGCCAUACACGUUAGUGGUGUUCUACAACGGCAGGGUGUACAACAUCCCGAUCCGAUUCAUCCCGGCCACGCAGCAGUACGCUCUGGGACGAGAGAAGAAGGGAGAGGAGUACUUCAGCAGCAUCUCGCACAUCAUCGAGAACCACCAGAAGAAUCCUUUGUUUCUGAUCGACAUUCAGAGUAACACCAAGGACACCACCAAACUGUGCCACCCUGUGAAACCAUAGAACAUCAUCCAUGACAGAAACAGUCUAUUAUAGACCAUCAUCUAUGGAAGAAACAGUCCAAUAAAUGAAACCAUAGACCAUCAUCCAUGGCAGAAACAGUCUAUUGAAACCAUAGACCAUCAUCUACGGAAGAAACAGUCUAUAGAAACCAUAGACCAUUAUCCACGGCAGAAACAGUCCAAUGAAACCAUAGACCAUCAUCUACGGAAGAAACAGUCUAAUGAAACCAUAGACCAUCAUCUACGGAAGAAACAGUCUAAUGAAACCAUAGACCAUCAUCUAUGGAAGAAACAGUCUAAUGAAACCAUAGACCAUCAUACACAGAAGAAACAGUCUAAUGAAACCAUAGACCAUCGUCACGGCAGAAACAGUCCAAUGAAACCAUAGACCAUCAUCCA